UCUAUAAAUACGCGAUUCGACCAGUCUCGCCCGUCAUGACAGUGUCCACCCCGACGCAAAGCAUCGUCAUCGCCGGCGCCAGCGACGUCGCCAAAUACCUGAUUGAAGAGCUCGUUGCUUCGAGUCCCUCCAAUCCUCCGCAUAUAGGAGUGCUCACUCGGUCAUUGUCUAACCGGCCAUGGUUCACUUCCAACCCUCACAUUUCGCUUCACGUCACCGAUUACUCGGCUCCUUCUAUCCAGUCCAUCUUGAACCAAACCAAAGCAACUGCCCUCUUCUCGUUCCUGCACUCAAAUGACCCAGCAUUCUACAACACCGCACAUGAGGCCAUGUUAAUGGCCUGUCGGAACAGCGAGACUUGUAAGCGCUUUGUCCCCUCGGAUUAUGGUGGCGAUAUUGAUCGUUUCCCCAAUCUUCCGAGAUUCUAUAACUCCACGCAUCGUGUGUUUCGAGAGUCGAUCACCGAUGAGAGAGAUGUGGAAUGGACGCUUGUGAAUGGUGGCUGGUUCAUGGACUACAUCGUCCAGGGCAACAAAGUCGAUCCGACCAUUGUUCCUUACAAACCGGCUACUCGCGGACCUAGUGAGGCUGCGAAACCAGUCAUGCUGCCUAGAGACCUCGAUACUUCCAAGGUCCGAUCGUACAUGAAGCCCCUUCCUGGUGUGUGGCCUCUCGAUCUCGAUACGUUCACUGCUAUGAGAUUGGGAACUGGUGAAGAACCCAUUGGAUGGACGUCUGCUCGGGACGUUGCCCGUGCUCUGGUUAAGCUACUAGAUGCGCCUCGGGGGAGCUGGGAGAAGCACACGUAUGUUGUUGGACAGGUUGGGACGUGGAAUGAGGCUAUCCAAAUUGCGGAGGAGUUCUAUGGGAGGAAGUUUGAGUUGAAGGAGAAGACCAAGGAGAGUAUCCUCGAAACGUUGCGCACUGAGGACUCCCUGGGACCCGCCGAGCGGGGGGUUGCAUAUAUGGAUGAAUGGAAUGUUAUGGGUGCGAGUGCUGUUCCGAUGGACAGGGUUCAGGAGCAGAGAAAACGAUUCUUCUCGGAUGUGCAGUUUCGGGGACUCCGACAGCUACUGGAAGAUGCAUUCUCGGAAGAAUCAGAUCGAAUGGUUUGAUUGCUUUUCGUUUGUCAAGGCAAGGGUAUGGAAAAUGUAUUGUUUGUGGCAUUCGACUCAUAACUAAUAUGAUCUAUCAUUAUCAACCGACGAUUAUGGCCUCGCAACCCGUGCAAACAGCAAACAGGGAGCCAAUUUCAGCUGCAAAAUGCGUUGGACCAAUGAUUGUGUUCAUCUAACACUAGUGGCAGUCUCAUGCCGCGCUAAACGUAGCGUUCUCGUGCCUAUCAGUCACCACCAGAACAUCAAAAAUGCUCACUUGCAUCCCGAAAACAAGGCUUCAAAUCUUUGCCCACUUCACAAUUACAACUUUCGUCUCUGUAUCGUCCUACCAUGUGGGUUCUACCAAAUUCCCAUUUCCGGUACUCCAGGCUUCCUGAUCCAGCUGAGCCCCGACCGCCUCGCUACUUCAAUAUUCUGCCUUAUCGAGAGUCCACCCUCAGCGAUGAGCAUUACGGCGUCGUGCAUGAUGAAGUAGCGGAGUUCUUGCGACUCCGACCCAAAGACCGGCCUAAUUUUCUCGACCAACCCGCUACAACCAAGCAAGACCAUCUUCUCAAAUGGGGCAUGCCGGAGCUAUCCCCAGAAAAUGUGCACCUUCUUGGGCCGUUUUUAGAUCUCUUGUUACGACUGGACGAUGAGAUUGACAUUCUCGAUCAUAAGAGCCAAGGCAAUAUCUAUGAUGACCUGCUACUUGCUAUCCUGAGUUUCUGGAAAAUGGGCGCAACUCCAAACAUUGAUUCGGAUGGAAAUGGAAAGCUAGCUGGCAUGCUCUUGAACCCUGUUAUCAAAGGUCGGCCUGAUCUCAAGGAGCCUUUUCUGAAAACCGUAAUGGCUGCAAUCAGCUCUCAACCAGUGCGGCCGGAUCUUGUGAUGACAUUCGAAACGUUCAAAAGGGUCCGAAUGGAUAGCAUUGGGGCGAA